CCAAUGGCAGGAAGUGAACAAUCUCGCUGUGUAAGAUGGCGACUUGGGUAACUACCUCUCGGUAAGCCCCAAGCCUGUCCUUUUCAUCCAAAUGAACUCUUCACGCGAUCGCACAGUUUUUCUUGUUUAAACAUGCGCAACUGUCUUCAGAUGCCAAAGUCUAUUGAAGGCCCGCCAUCUUAUCUUUUGAACCUUUUGCCACCAACGCUCCUUACCAAGAAAGCAAGGAAAUCAGUUGAUGCCUGGCUCAUUCGUUGGCCUACUAUCUGUGCAAUCCUACUUGAGAUGUACUAUUUGGCUCACUCUCAACUUCCAGAUCCCUCUGACCACCUUGGUGAACCUUUCGUCAAACGUCUUCUUCAUAUAAAAUAUCGAUUUUCUGAUAGUUGUCAUCACUCUCACUUUAACUCUUUUACAUUUUCCCUUUAAUUCCAAAAGGGUUUGCAUUCCUUUUUCACAGCGACCUGACCAGAGCAAAGCAAUAGAAAUAUUACGUGCUUAUUGGUCAUUUUAUUUUAAUAUUAUCGAAUAAAUCAUAAAAUCUGA